AUGGAGCCCUGGGACUUUGCAACGAAAAUGGAGGAGAUAUUGGCACUUGUGAAACAAAUGCAGAAUGUGGAAAAACUGGAGCCAAAAGUUGAAGACCUAGUAAAAAGGAUCAAUAAAUUGCAGCAAGCCAAGAAGAUAUUAAGUGAGGAGCUCUCUGAGGCGAAUGAGCACAGCAAGACAUUGCAAAGGGAACUGGAAAAAUUGAAUGCUGAGAAGUCAAGCCUUGAAGAAAUAUGGAAUGAGAAGAAAGCAACUCGGCAAAUCAUGCAGCUGCACUGUGAAGAGACAGAAAAAGAGAUGCAGAGGCAGCAGAAACUGAACCUGGAGUGUAAGCAACGAACUGAAGAACUCACGGCCAAGAUCCAGGAAGAGAGACUGAAGCAAAGAGGCCAGAGAUUGGAGUUUGAGCAACUACUUGAUGAGCUGAUGGAGAAGCAUAAGAGUCUCUGGGAGCUUUAUGCCAAUGAGAAGCCAGUGGCUGACAUGAGAGAAAGGAAAGAGAGCUUGCUUAGUGAAGAGAAGAUGAUCCAGGAGAAACUGGCCAAUACCCAAGAUGAAUUAGAUUUUCUCAGCCAGUCUGCCUUUGGUGAGGAGAGGAAGUUCCUGAAGAGCCAGGAGGCUGUAACAGCCCUGCAGCUAUUUCAAGAGGAAAACAAGAAAGCAAACGAGUAUCUGGAAGUAGCCUCCAAGUGCAAUUCUGAUUUGCAGCAAAGAUGCGGUAGACUAAAAACAGAGCUGGAGGAGAUGGAGGAUAGCAUCAUCUAUGAGGACUAAAUUGAGAUGCUGAAUGGUUCAGCACAGGUUGGAGUAUAGGUUAAUUUUUAUGGAGUCUUUAAGGCUUUUACUUUAAGGCUGGUUAGACACUUCCCCAUAGGAAGCUGUAAGUAAAGCAGAGACAAACUCUAGUGGGAGCAGCCAGCGUCUGGCAUUCUGAAUGGCAAGCGAGAGAACAGAUGAUGAAAGAGAAAAGCUGUGCAAAAUAAGGGCUUGAAUGAACUCUGAGAUGCCAAAGUGGAUCAUGUGUGUACUGCUGGUCACUGCAAAAGGGCCAAGAAAUUGGUAGGAUGUGGGAUGGCUGUGUUGGUGAUGUCAAGGACUGAGGAAAAGAAAGGAGCCAGGUAAAAGAUGUGGGUUUCUUGAUCAAAGUGGAUUAUAGGGAAUAUGGUAGUUCUUCUUAGGCAGGACUUGGCUUUCUGAAUGUUGCAACUCUUCUCACUGGAUGGGAAGAAAUGCUAUAGGGCAUUUCAGAGCUAAUUCUCUCAUUUCACCCUUCCCCCCUCCCCCAUGGCAGGUUCAUGCGAGCAGAAGAAAUCUUGCUUUUAGUAUAUAAAAAAAAUAUCCCUGAGGAAUG